AGCGUCGAAAUCCAGAGAUGGUUUAUCGCAUUCUUGUGGCGUCUUAUACCGACGCUAUCUACACACUUGCGUUUGACCCGGCCAAGUCCAAGGACGCCGCUCUGUCACUAUCAUCUACGCUAGAAGUUGGACAUCACCCAUCUUGGAUUGAACGUCAUCCGUCCGAUUCGAGCAUUAUUUUUACGGGACUUGAACAGGCUGACGGACGCCUGCUCACAUUAAAAUACGACCUAAACAACGGCGAAGGCAAAGUUCUGUCGAACGUAUCGAGCGGUGGAGCAGACCCUUGCUCUAUACUAGCUACCAAUUCCAAUGUCUUCGUAGCGAAUUAUUCGUCCGGUACUGUCGCAAUUUACUCUCUUCCAUCUGUCCAUAGCCCUAGUGGACUGAAAGAGGCUCAAUUACCGUUACAAUUUUCUGGAAAUGGUCCAUGCACGGAACGUCAAGGAUCAUCGCAUCCGCAUCAGGUUUAUUUCUCUAAGCCCAAUUCUCCAACUUCGCUAGGGCCUGUAGAAGAGGUGCUCGUUCCCGAUCUUGGUUCCGACAAAAUAUGGCGCCUCAGGAAAGACACGGACGGCAAAUGGGAGAUAAAAGAUGAAAUUACCUUUGACAAGCACCAAGGAGGUGGUCCUCGACAUAUCGUUGUAUACGAUUCCAAUUUAUAUACCCUCUUGGAACUCACCAACACCGUCGUCGUACAUGAUUUCAAGUCGUCUAACGAGAAACCAUCUUAUGUCACUUCCGCGCGUCUCUCCAUGCCAGAAGGUCUUGCCCCAUUAACGAUGCUUGCCGCUGAGAUCCUCUCUCAGCCACCCAGCACCAAGUACCCUUCCCCAUAUCUCUACGUCUCAAAUCGCAAUGAUCCGCGCCCUCAUGGAGACCUCAUUUCCAUCUUCUCUCCUCUUAAGGAGGGCGCUACAGAGCUCGAGCACGUAGCGGAUGUCUCGACAGGUCUCGCACACGUUCGUGGAUUCUUGUUCUUUGGGCCUGAUGAUCGAUAUAUCAUUGUUGGAGGUGCGAAUGGGGGAGGCGUAAAGGUAUUUGAACGUGUCGACGAAGGACGCAAUUUGAAGGAAGUUGCUCAUUUACCUGUGAAUGACACAGGGGCGGGGCUAGCUCCCACUACGUUUUUGUGUCUUUAA